CUCUGAUAUCUGGCCAGAAAGAAACGAAGCGAGUCCUUCGGUAAAAGUACCAAAAAAUGGGUUGCUGUCUUUGCAAUUGUGUGGGAGGGUGCAUCCUCUGCUCCUUCCGAUGGGUCAUCUUCAUUGUGAAUUUCCUGAAUGUGAUCUUUGGAGGAACUGUAAUUUUCUUUGGCAUUGCGCUUCUGGCUCGGCUUGAUAUUGCAGGAUUAGAAAACAUUUCGGAACCUGAUUUGGUUGGAGCUAUUUUAUUAGUCAGUGGAUUAAUAGCUGUCACGAUCGCGUUUAUAGGCUGCUGCGGAACACUGAAGGGCUCUCCAACUUUGAUGAAGACGUAUGCCGCCAUCCUGUUCAUCUCUUGCGCGCUAAAUUUAGUGUCUGGCAUUCUUGGCCUUAUCAACUCAAAUUCGAUUGCAUCUGUUGGCAUAGUUUUUGGCUUGGUGCAGCUGGUUGCUGGUAUUUUCUCCAUCUGCUUGGCAAAGUCGUUCAAGAAAAAGAGACUCGAUGAUAUGGAGGAUGUCGUGAGAAGGGCUCAACGCCACAGUUAAAAAUUGGCAAUCCAACCUGAGGACUAACUUAUAUAUUUCAUUUAAAAUAAACUGCCUUGUAUGUGAUUCAUGAGAA